UUAACCAUAAAAAGAAAGAAGCUUUAACGCUCUUCUCUUUCCUUUUUAAUCAUUUUUCUAUCUUUCAAUUUGACUAACCACUGAAUUUUUCCUUCAUGGGAAGGAACUAAAUGUUUUUUAGCUCAGCCUAUUGACACUGACGACUGAAUCUAAAACAGGAACAAAUCCAAUAGAUUACAAGAUCUCCUACGAAGAUUACGAAGCCAAAACAGUUUAUUGUCUCUUUCCUUUUCAAGCCCCCCGAAUAAACGAAUUUCAUAUACGCACGAUCACAUUCCUUUAUAUAUAUAAUAUAUAUAGUGCAGGUGAUGAGAGCGGAAAAAAAUACCAGGGAGGUGGAAAAAUAGUAGUCAAGUGUCGCUAAAGGCAAUUUACGAGAGACAGGUAAUGAGGAACGUGGGAUUAAUAGCGUGGGGAUUGUGUUGUUGCGUGAUUGGGGUUGUUUUCGGUGGUUCUGAAAAUCAUGGUUUCAGCAAUUUGAAAUCGACCGACGAUGAUUUGCUCUUCUCUUUGUUCGACGUGGAGGCAGACCCGCCGUCGAUGGCGCCUAAUGCCUCCUCUCGGCCUCUUCUCGUCCCCCUAACUCUCAUUCAGGGAGCUGCUUCCAAACGAGCUUUCUGUUUGGAUGGGACACUUCCUGGUUAUCAUUUCCAUGGCGGACAUGGAUCCGGUGCAAACGGUUGGGUAGUUCAUUUAGAGGGAGGAGGAUGGUGUAAUACCAUCAGAAAUUGUGUCUAUAGAAAAACUACUCGCCGUGGCUCGUCCAAAUAUAUGGAAAAGCAGAUAGAGUUCACUGGAAUAUUGAGCAAUAAAGCUGAAGAAAAUCCUGAUUUCUUCAACUGGAACAGAGUCAAGCUACGUUAUUGUGAUGGGGCAUCUUUCUCUGGGGUCAGUCAGAAUCAGGAGGCAGGGCUUUAUUUUCGAGGACAACUUAUCUGGCAAGCUGGUAUUGAAGAGCUCUUGGCGAAAGGAAUGCAGAAUGCUAACCAGGUUCUGCUUUCUGGAUGUUCAGCUGGGAGUUUAGCCUCUAUUCUACAUUGUGACCAGUUUCGUGACUUUUUUCCCCCAACCACCAAAGUGAAAUGUCUAAGUGAUGCUGGAAUGUUCCUUGAUGCACUUGAUGUAUCUGGUGGCCGCAGUCUCAGGAAUAUGUAUGAAGGUGUUGUGAGUGUGCAGGAUCUGCAAAGGACUCUACCAAGUUUUUGUACAAGUCACUUGGAUCCAACUUCGUGUUUUUUUCCUCAAAAUUUGAUUGCAAACAUAAAGACUCCUAUGUUUCUGCUUAAUUCUGCAUAUGAUACAUGGCAGAUUCAAGCUAGUUUAGCACCUCCAUCUGCUGAUCCUAAAGGCUACUGGAAUGAAUGUAAAAAGGAUCAUUUGCGUUGUAACUCAUCACAGAUUCAAUUUCUCCAAGACUUCAGGAAUCAAAUGCUCAAUGUCAUUGACGUUUUUUCUAAGAGCAGUCAAACUGGUUUGUUUAUAAACUCUUGUUUUGCACAUUGCCACUCUGAAAGACAGGAUACCUGGUUUGCUGUUGAUUCUCCCCGUAUAGGUAACAAGAGAGUUGCGGAAUCUGUUGGAGACUGGUAUUUUGAUCGAGCACCUGUUAAACAAAUCGAUUGUCCAUACCCAUGUGACAAAUCAUGUCACAAUCUUGUCUUCAAGUGAGUGAGAAGUUAUCUAUCAGCUCCUCGUAUGCGUUGCCUCAUUCAUCUUCAAUUUCCGAUUUUUGAAAAUGUAACAUUCAUUUGUCUUAUUAUGUUCGUUAUUCUUAUUAAGUUCAUCUAAAAAAAUAACUGUUAGCAACAUGCUCCCUAUUCUUUCAUGUGAUUUAGGGAUGAGAUCGUCCUAUCUCUAUAAGACUCCAAAGUUCCUUGGUAAUAACUCUUUUAGGGAGGGGGUGGAAAAGGUAUAUUUGCAGUUGCUCUGUUUCAGAAGGCUGAGCUUAUGAAUCCCCCA